AUGUCCCGUUGUUUGCCUUAUCGUGUUGAAUGUACAGAAAAAUGCCUUCAAGCUCAAAAUGAUGCACUUAAUUCAACAUUUUUUAUUCUAAGACAAACAGGUCCAACAGCUUUUGUUAUCAAAGAUGAUGAUGAACGAAUAUUUAAAAUAUUUUUAGGUGAUCCACAUAAAUGUACAUGUUCUACAUUUCAACGUGAUCGUGAACUAUGCAAACAUAUAUGUUGGCUAUUUUUAAAACGAUUCCGUGUACCAAGAACUAAUCCGAUGCUAUGGCAGCGAGGUCUUGUCGAACGAGAAAUUAAUGAACUUCUUCGUGAAUUAACACAAGAUAAUGAUGAAAAAAAUAAAUCAAAUCUUAAUUAUAAAAUAAAAGAUGAAGAUGAAAAUGAUGCUGAUAGUAAUGUUGAACAACGUCCAAUAAGUGAAAAUGAUGUAUGUCCUAUAUGUCAAGAAGAAUUGCUUAGUAAAAAAUUGCCUAUUACUUAUUGUCGACGUGGUUGUGGUAAUAAUGUUCAUGUUAAAUGUAUGAAAAUAUGGCUUGAUCAUCAGGUAUCAACAGGUGAAAAAACAAUUAAAUGUCCAUUAUGUCGAGAAACAUUUGGUACACCUGAACAACUUAAACAAGAAUUUCAAAGAAUUGGUGCUCAACGAGCUGAAAAAGCAUUCAUACAUUUAGGUUAUUCAUGUCAUCGUUGUCGUGCAUGUCCAAUCUCCGGCAAAUGUUAUAAAUGUACAACAUGUCAAGAUUAUUUUCUUUGUCAAACAUGUUUUAAUUUAAAUGUACAUAAUGAACAUAGUUUUGAUUAUCGAGAAAGAUCAUAUCAACGUUGGAAAAUAGCAAUACGUGAACAUUUAACAGCAUUACCAAAUGCAUUUCAUCGAAUGUUAGCAAAUAGAGAAAUAAAUGACAAUGAUUAUGAAAUUUUAAUUCAACUUGAAAAUGCUCAAAAUUCUGCAAUUAUGGGUAUACCAGAGAAUAUUGUAAAAUCAAUGCCAACUGAACGUAUAAAUGAACGUAGUCAUUUAUUACAAUAUGGUGAACAAUGUCGUUUAUGUUUAAGAUUUUAUCAAAUAGGUGAACGUGUUCGACGUUUACCAUGUCGACAUAAAUUUCAUAUUGAUUGUAUAGAUGGAUGGCUUUUACAUAGUCAUCCAACUUGUCCAAUUGAUGGUCAACUUGUAUGGAGUGUUGAAAUGAAUAAUGAACAACCACAAAUAAAACGGCCUUCACUAACUGCUGCUCGAAAGACAAGAAAAAAUACUCCUUCUGCUAUUGACUCAUCGUUACUUUCUGUUGAUAUGGGUUUAACAGUAAUACCUUAUCAAAUACGAACAGCAGCUAAUGCUGAUCUUAAUCAACAAUUUCGACGUUUUCAUAUGCGUGCACCACUUCGUCCAUUAAUUGCAUCGAUACCUGUGGAAUUUUCACCACCACUUGAAAUCAAUACUCGACAUUUACAAAAUCAACAAUCUAAUUUAUCGUUAUCGAAUGAUGUAGGACAACGACAAUUUCGAAGACAAUCAUUAUUAUUAUCGCCUUCUUUAGUAACAGAAGAUAUUAGAAGAAUAAAUACUGAAAUCAAUCAAAAUUCGGCAUUAUUAAGAAAUAUUUUUGAUCAUCGACUUCGUCAACGUAAUCGUUCAAGUGCCAAAUAG